UGAUAAGCUUAACAUAAACUAAAAUAUUGUGCUUCCUGUGAGGUUUAAAGCAACUUCCGGUAAUCACAGGAUCAGCUGUCGGCGUUAAAUACCAAGAUGGCGCACUGUCCGGCAGACUGUCCUCCUGAGGCCGACCGAGCCGGGGACCGAGGUGUUCCGAGGCGGUGUAGGGGCCGGCCGAGGCUCACGGACUCAGACCGGGCUCAGAGGCGGCUGGAAUCCCGAAAGAAGUACGACGUGAGGAGGGUGUACCUCGGAGAGUCCCACAAGCUGUGGAGCGAGCUCCGCAGGAGGACCAGCCUGAGUGACGCUGGGCUGGCCGAGUACCUCAUCCUGCUCAACUCCACUUAUGGAGACAAGUACCGACAGGAGUCCUGCGGAAAGAAGACCACAGCAGGGGUGACUGGGAAACAGAAAGGAGGUAGGAAGCAGCGCGUUUCCAGCCUCCAGAGCCUGGUGACUUGGUACCGGGACCACUCGGCCUCCUGCCCCCACGAGCCUCAGCUCAGAGCCCUGGAACCGAAGGCGAACCUCUCCACCGCCGCCGUGUGGCGCUGCGAAUCGGACCACUCCUUUGUGCAGUACCUCUACUCCCCGCCGAAGGAGGUCAGCGACUCGGAGCGUGAAGAGAGAGGGAACGCCGACAGCGACGGAGAGGCCGCAAGCAAAACGGAGCCGCCGUCGGCUAAAGGCGCGGCGGGCAGACAGAGGAGAAAGGAAGGCCACAAAAAGUGUAAAGAUGAGCUAACUGAUGCCACCAACCAGACGGAAGAAGAUGGAGGCCGAACCCAGCAGCCAAGUAUAGAGGCUUCAUUCUCGCUGGCAGGACAACCUGCCUGGGACGCGGCGUCUUUACACUCUACCUCUGCUGAGGAAGAGGAGGGAGCAGCGCUGGAGGAUGUGGACGGAGGUACAAAGCAAGAAGGAGAGGGGGAGAAGCUGAGGACUUUAGCGUCUGAUGACGACUACAGCACAGCAGCAAAAGCGUCUUUACCCGAUGAAACGAACGAGGACAAUCGGAGCUUGAAUGGAUCCGUCCCUGUGAGUUCUCAUCUGGAGAUGUCCGACCCGCUGCCUGCGCAGGUCCAGGAUCAGACCCAGCUGUUCCAGCCUCGGCCUCUGCGGACGGCGGCGGCCGGCUGCGAACGUCCCAACCAGCGGACGGCGUUGGAAGGCUCCCAGCUGAUCAUCAUCACUGGUCCCAGCUAUGAGGCCUUGGCGUCAGAAGGAGUCCAGCUCAACAUGGGCAGUGGAAACAUGGAGGAAGUCACCUGCACUGUGAUUGGCGGCGUCGCCUACAACCAGCUGUGUUCGCCUGACUUCAAAGUCCGAGACGCGCCAGAGGAAGAUUCCCUGACAGGUUUGAGUGAAGCGCAGCUGGUGCAGAACUCUGAUAACCUGGAGUUGAGCAGCAGCAGGGAGCUGCAGCGGAGCCUCGGCCGGUCAAAGAGAAACAGGCGCGGGCCGGUCAUCGAAGCCGACGGCAUGCUCAAGAUGUUCCACUGUCCCUACGAAGGCUGCAGUCAAGUUUACGUAGCCAUCAGCAGUUUUCAGAAUCACGUGAAUCUAGUUCACAGGAAAGGAAGGACCAAGGUCUGCCCUCACCCCGGCUGUGGAAAGAAGUUCUACCUGUCCAACCACCUGCACCGUCACAUGAUCAUCCACUCAGGGGUCAGAGAUUUCAUCUGUGAGACAUGUGGGAAGUCAUUUAAGCGGAAGAAUCACCUGGAGGUCCACAGGCGGACACACACAGGAGAAACGCCGCUCCAAUGUGAAAUCUGCGGCUACCAGUGCCGCCAGCGUGCGUCCUUGAACUGGCACAUGAAGAAGCACACACCCGAGGCGCUUUACAACUUCACCUGCGAGUUCUGUGACAAGAGGUUCGAGAAGCUGGACAGCGUUAAGUUCCAUAAACUGAAGAGCCACCCGGAAAAGCAGGCGACCUGAGAUCGAGGCAACUCGCGGGCAAACAGAGGCUGAUGCCUGGUUAGAGGGAGCAGCUCAUCGCUGGGAUGAAGCUGAAAUGAGGCGGACCAGCAGCGGUGCAGGACACCGUUUUGUCACAGAGUAGAAGGUGCUGUGGGAUUUCCACAAGAAAAAAAAAUGUGAAGGAGGUUCCACAUGUUCUCAAUAACCACUAACUACCUUAUUGACUGCAGCAGUAACUAUUACUUUCAGGGAGGGUGACUCAGAUUGUUUCUUUGUUUUUGCUGAACGUCACAUACAUGUGGAGGCCACGCCGGGAUGCCUUAUUGUCAAAAAUGAAGUGAAUUGUAAUCUGUGAAAGUCUAAGCAAUUCUAGAAAUUGGAGGAUUUUUUUUGUAUUGUUUGUGUUUAAGCAGCUAAAACAGAAAAGAGUAAUUUUAAUAUUCUUUAAUAUCCAACUAGGAAAGGUUUCGGUUUGUAAACCAAUGUGGCUGGUUAAUAUUAAAGCAGUGUGACCAAUGUCUGGUGAACAACCAAUGGCUGUUUCAGGACCUGACUGUGACUUUAACAGUUGGACCAUUAAAUUAUGUUUUAAUUAUAGGGAAGUGGUGGGUCACAUGUGGCAGUGUCAGUGUAUCCCAUAAAUUUAUGAGCUUAAGCAACUCGUCUCAGGAAAACAGCCAUAAAAUCCAUGUUGUUCUUUCUCUGUUCACCACCUAAAUAAAUGCACUUUUGCUUUUUGGUACCAA